AUGGAGGCGUUCGUGAAGUGCAAUAACUCAGAGUGUUUAACUCAGCCAAGGUAUAACAAUAUCGACGGCACCGAUCACGUGAAUGGCUGUCGAAGUCGUUUCGAGCUUUUCAGACGGGCUCAUCCAAACGGUAUCACCAAGUCCCGUCAGUACACAGUGAAGGACAGCAAGAACUUGCCAGCAGUCCGCAACCGAUCUCAGCAUUCAGUCACGUACACUCUGAGCCGAAAGGAAACAGUCAUCGUUGAGUAUGCGAAAGAUGAAAAGACUGACAUGUUUCAAAUUGGCCGUUCAUCUGAGCAGCAGAUCGACUUUAUGGUGGUCGACACGUGGCUAGGCCGUUCGUUUGUGAAUAAUAGUUUUGGUCCUCAAGAAAAGCUGCCCCCGAGCACUAUCAGCAGAUACGCGUGUCGGCUUUUGAUUGAUCGCAGUCCAGCGUAUACAGCCAGAGUUUUUGCCGCCGGUUUCGAUUCUUCACGAAAUAUUUUCCUCGGGGAAAGGGCAACAAAGUGGGUCAAAAAAUCAGGCGAAACUGAUGGGUUAACCACCAAUGGCAUAUUGAUUUUGCACCCGCAGAAAGAUUCUUCUAAUGAUUCUCAGUUCUGUAAGUGGUAUGAAGUGUCUGUCGAUGGCGAGAUUUAUUCCCUCAGAAAGCCGCGAUCGUCUACGGAGCGAGGGGAUAAAGUCGAAGGCGAAGCGAACAUUCUGCAAGACGGGACACUGAUUGAUCUUUGCGGCGCUACUUUAUUAUAUAGGACAGCUUUCGGUCUGGCGAAUUCUCCGACUCUUAAAGACUUGGAACACUGUCUUCAGUUGUUGAACGACGGUCGGCCGCAGUGUCCAGUCAGUUUUAAUACACUUAUUAUACCUAAGCAAAAGGCAUCAGUUACGACUAUAACAGAGACACAGCCGUACGUGUACAUAAGCUGUGGUCACGUGCAGGGUUAUCACACGUGGGGUCACAGCUGUAACGAUGUUCCAAAACACGUCUGUCCCUCAAGUGAAAUUGUUCAGCUGUGCAUGGGAAUGGAACCAUGUUUUCAUCUCGAUUCCGAAUCGUUUGAAUACGCUUUCCUGCCUUGCGGACACAUGGCCUCAAAGAGAACCGUUAGCUACUGGUCAAAAAUACCCAUGCCUCAUGGAACUGACAGUUUUUAUCCCAAAUUUUGA